UGGGAUUGGGCCACAGUGUGAGUUCAGAGUCCGAGGAGAAGCAGCUGUGUUCCCCAGCAACAUGGAGCUGAAGACCCUGGCCCUGAAGGCGUUUGCACAAAACAAGCAAGCCGCCCUCCUCAUCGGGGGAGCCGGCGUCGCUUUUCUGGGACUCGGCCUCGGUUAUAAAUACCUGCGAAAGCCAGAAAAACUAGUACGUGUGGGCGUAGUGUCUCAGCUCCUCAUUCACCCGCUGAAGUCUGGCAGAGCCGUGUCUGUUCCCCUGGCGGAGUGCCUCCAAAUCGGCCUGAAGUUUGGAGAGCUGCAGGAUCGACACUGGCUGGUGGUGACGGAGGAAGGUCACAUGGUGACGGGCCGACAGCAGCCUCGCCUGGUCCUCCUCUCUCUGACCUGCGAGGACGGCCAUGCUUGUUUGAGCGGCCCGGACAUGGAGGAGCUGAGAUUCCCCGUCAACCAGCCCGACAACAGCGUCAUCGACUGCAGAGUUUUUGGAGCGGACAUCCAGGGUCGGGACUGCGGAGAAGAAACGUCCCGCUGGCUGAUCCGGUUCCUGGGGAAGGAGCAGACCUUUCGCCUCGUGCACUUCGAACCCCAGAUGAGAGGGAGGCAGUCUGAGCCGCUGCUCCCUCCCUUCGAGGUGGCGUACCCGGACGAGGCUCCUGUGAUGCUCCUCUCCGAGGCCUCCGUGCAGGAUCUGAGCAGCCGGCUGGAGGAAGGCGUCACGACGAAGCGUUUCCGCCCAAACAUCGUGAUCAGUGACUGUGAAGCCUUCGCUGAGGACUCGUGGGUAGAUAUCCAGAUCGGCAGCGUGAGGCUUCAGCGUGUGAAGUCAUGUGGACGGUGUGUUUUCACCACCGUUGAUCCUGAAACGGGAGUGAUCUCCAGGAAGGAGCCUCUGGACACACUGAAAAGCUAUCGCCUGUGCAAACCCUCGGACCAGCACAUCUACCAAAAGUCUCCUCUGUUCGGGCAGCUGCUCGUGGUGAAGCAGGCGGGGAUCCUGCAGGUCGGAGACGUCGUGUACAAGAUCAGCCACUGAUAACAUGAUAACUAUUAACACUUUCACGGUAUAAUCACUGUGCUAAUCCACACUGAAGAAAGCACUUAGAUGCUGUGUGCAAAUGAGCCACAGAAAUGUUCACUGUCUUUUAAUGGUGCUGUGAUUCACACACAUGAGGUAAAGCUGUUGAAAGUACAGUAACAAACAUGUGUUGUUGUUCCAUU